AUGGUCCUCAACUACAAAGGCAUCCCCUACACGCAAAGCUUCCAUUCCUAUCCGGACAUCGCGCCUCUCCUUCAGAGUCUCUCGGUACCUCCCCACAAACAAGGCCGAUUUAAAUACACUCUGCCGGCGAUAUGCCACCCCUCCUCGGUCAAGUCGAGCCCCUCCGGUGCCAUGAUGGAUUCUCUCCCGAUUGCAUGUCAUCUCGAUGAGACCUAUCCGGAUCCUCCGCUCUUCCCGUCUGGGGAGGCUAGCUAUGCCCUUGCUCUGGCUAUCGGCAAGCUCAUGGUUCCCGCUGCACUAAAAACGUGCGAUCUGCUUCUACCCAAAGCGGAGGAGGUGUUGGACGAUCGGGGCAAGGAGUACUUCGUGCGGACUCGGACGGAGAUCUUCGGGAAGCCGCUGUCGGAGCUGAGACCCAAGACGGAGGAAGGGGUGCGGGCGAUCGUCGAUGGGAUGAAGGCGGAUAUGGAGGUUUUCAUUUCCAUGCUUCGGGGGAGAGGCGAGGGGAAGAAGAGUGGGCCAUUUCUGGAGGGAGAGAAGCCGGGAUAUGCGGAUUUCAUUUUGGUUACUUUUCUGUCGUGGAGUCAUCGGUUUGAUAUGGAGCUCUGGAGGGAGAUUAUGGAUAUGGGCAAUGGGGAAUUUAGGGCGCUUUGGCAUGCUUCUGUGCAGUGGUUGGAAGGGCAAGGGGAAGAGAAGGAAUGGGCUGUCCCUCAGUUAAGUACUGUAGAUUAA